AUGGCAAUGGGUACCACGGCGUCGACUCCAGCAACACUGGAAACUGACAAGAAACAGCUCUUGGAAAGGUUUGCUGAAGAGGAAGCAGCUUUCUCUGAAAUACGCUUAGCGCAGCAAACUCUUGAACGCUGUCAGCUUCUGCUAGAGCAAGCAAAAGCGUUCUACGAGCGGGCGCUCAAGAGUACACAGCGCGAUGCCCAGUCGGACACCGCUUUGGCCUCGACGUUCGACUCGGGCACUGUGGAAGUGCAGCCGCACAGUUUGCUUAUUCGGGCACGCUUGCAACUAUACAGAUCUCAAUUUAACUACGGCUGGGCACUUGUACAACAGCCGCAACCGACUGGACGAGAGCUGGUGCGAGAAGGCAUCCAACUGUUGCAGCGUCUCGCCAGUGAACUGGAGCGGGAUGAGCACGCGAACGACGAGAAUCUCGCCUCUGAAUGCUAUUACUUCGCUGCUUACGGCCUGUAUCGCCUCGGUGAAUGGUCCGAGGCUCGCAAUAUGCUGCGAAUACUGGUGAGUCGGCGCGACGGCUCGAGUCAGCAGCGUCGUCAAGCGAGUGCUUUCCUGGCCAUUGUCGAUGAUCGUAUUCGGCGUGAUGGAUGGAUUGGACUCGGCGUUGCCACAGCGCUAUUCGGUGUCGCCGGUGCGGCUGUUGUCGGGGGCAUCCUCGCAAUGCAGAAAUUAGGCAACCGAGACGCGUCUGCGACGGAUGCUACAAAGGCGCGACGAGGCUCUGCGGUCGCGUCCCGUCGCGAAGCUUCGCAAGGUCCGUCGUGA